GGAAGGCAUGAUUGAAAUCAAAGCAUUCCUAUAUUUUUUCGAACGCCAAUAAAUAAUUCCUGCUUGAAAUGAACAAGUUGUUUAUUGCCGUGUUUGUGGCUGUUUUUGCUGCAACAAAUGGCAUGUUCGUUGAACCAAAGCAACAAGGAUUAAAUUCGAUCGAUGCUGAAUUGGAUGGACAACCACUGUGCGAACCUUGCAAAAUCGUUGUGGAAGGAGCUGUAUACUUGAUGAAAAAUGGAGAAACAGAACUUGAAGUUGAACAUCUUGUCAAGAGAGUUUGCGAAGUUUUACCGGGUGCAUUGAGGUCAGUGUGUGAGAAUGUUGUGGACCAAUAUGGAAAACAAAUCAUCGAGAUGAUAGCCGAUUCUGUGGACCCAGAGAAUAUAUGUUCACUGCUUAUGUUGUGUGGUGAUCAAUUAGAAACUGUAGAAGAAAUUGUCUUAAAGGAGCCAGACAUAUCAUCAAAUGUUGGGUCUAUCGAAUGUUGGGCUUGCAAAUUACUUGUGAACGAAAUCAAGAAGCUGGCAAACAAUUCUAAGGGCAGAGCAAUUGUUGAAAAAGCUAUCCAUAAGGCUUGUUGUGUCCUUCCUAGUAAAGCAAAGAAAGAGUGCGAUCAUCUUAUAGACAAAUAUGCGGACAAGAUCAUCGAUUUGGUUAUCAACUCUUUCAGCACAGAAACGAUUUGCAGCGUUAUACAAAUUUGUUAAGUUUGAACGCUUGUACUAAUUGUAAAUGAAUAAAAAUCAUGGAAAUGUU